CCCUCAACGAACAAGCAUAAAACAUGCGAGUGCCCAGGGCACCCACAGACACUUGACGAACGUUUCUGUAUUACUCCAUCAGGUAGAAUAAGCAUACGGUGCACUCGCUUUCAUUGACUAGGAUGUCUCGGCUCAAAAGUGAGAAGCUGUUGGAGUAAAGGAAUCUUAUACCCUGUUUCCGUCAUCUUCGGCCCAACCCACACACUAUCCCGGCAUGGUCGCUUCGAGGAGCGCCCUCACACAAUAUGGACACCUAUGACCGUUUUCCGUUUGAUCCACCAAGAUGCUCGGAGCGGCUUAAGAAUACCCACCUGGACGGCUGGAAUCGCUUACUUGUCGUUCGCUUUAAGAACGGUCCAGCGCUUCGCGACCUCGAUCUUUGGCAAAAUAGUACUCCCUCCAAAACAGUCUCACAGAUCGUGAUGGCGUAUGACGAGGAGAAAAAUCACUUCCCGUCAUCGCCGACAAGCGACGAUGAGACAGCACGAGUUGACGAGGAAGAGCUAGUGAUGGACCAAGGACUUUUCGCAUGGCUUCAAGUUCUUGGAAGCUGGAUUCUGUUUGCCAAUACCUGGGGUUUGACAAACUCAUUCGGAGUCUUCCAAGCUUACUAUUCCAACAACCUUUUACCAGACGUGAACCCUUCGGCUAUCUCUUGGAUCGGCUCCAUCCAGAUCUUUCUGAUGAUGCUCAUCGGCGUCUGCGCUGGUUGGCUUCUCGACGCGGGGUAUCUUCGCUUCAUCCUCAUUUGCGGCACUACCAUGACGUCUCUCGGUCUAUUCAUGCUGAGCUUGUGCACGAAGUACUGGCAGAUUCUCCUCGCGCAGGCACUCUGUGUCGGAAUGGGCAGUGGGUUGCUGGGGUUGACUUGUGUGGCCGUGAUUCCUCUCUACUUCCGCAGGAGGAGGAUGAUAGCGACUGGCAUUGCUGCUACGGGAAGCAGUCUAGCGGGGAUCGUGUAUCCCAUCAUGGAGAGACGCCUGAUUGCAUCUAUUGGCUUUCCUUGGGCUGUUCGGGUGUUCGCAUUCAUCGUCACCGGCAGCCUCCUGAUCUGCAUUGCAAUGAUGCGUCUUAGGCCCAAUCUCAAGCGGCGUGGUGCUCUCUUCCGCCUGAAGCACUUUCGCGAUGUCCCCUAUGUGUCAUUUUGCAUCGCCUUCGCCCUGAUGAUCGGCUCGGUCUACAUCCCCUUCUUCUACGUGGAUGCCUACGCCAUUCGUUUGGGCGUCGAUCAAGACACGUCCUUUUACAUCCUCAGCGCCAUGAACGCUGCAAGUCUUCUCGGCCGUCUAGCCCCCAACUGGCUUGCUGACAAGUACGGCGGUAUGACCGUCAUGCUUCCUUGCUGCCUCUGCUCGGCUAUCGUCCUCUUCUUCUUCCGCUUUGCGACCGACCUGCCGGGUUUGAUCGCAAUAUCAAUCUUGUACGGCUUCGUCUCGGGCGGUAUGGUGUCUUUACCUCCGGCUACUAUUGCGAAUUUGACGGACGAUUUAUCAGAGUAUGGAACGAGAAUGGGCAUGGGAUACACCAUCGCCAGCUUUGGCGCGUUGAUCGGGAAUCCUAUCGGAGGUGCUGCGCAGCGUCCGCAAGGAAACACAGCGGCAGAUGUGCAGAGGGAGUUUCAGGGUACCUGGAUCUUUGCGGGGGGGUUCAUGCUCGCAGCUUUCAUUUCGAUGGUGAUAUCAAAGUACGUGAGAAUUGGAUCGGUCUUGAGUGGUAAAUGCUAGUCUUCAGAAUUUUGCUGUGAUCUCCUCUCUAUGGGCUUCGGCUCAGUACCAUAGGAUCACCCAGAUCUAGUUAAGACAAAGAGUAAAACGUAACUUCUGCAAUCAUUGUCCUGGCCGGGAUCGUAACGGAGAUCGGAAAGCCGCCGUAAUCUGGGUCCUCGUUAGGCAUCAUCGCGAACUUGCCGCUCCUCGUUUCGUCUCCGUUCAAAACCCUGCUCGUUUUCAAGCGGCCGGACCCUUCGUCCUCUACAAUCUUCUCCUCAAACUUCAGUAUGCCGGUGAAGCUCCGAUUCUGGCCCAAUGCCUUUGCCUUGACUUGGAAACCCCAGCCGAUGAGCAAGAAUUUACCUCCACCUCGAUGUAUCACCAUUCCAGCCCCUGUCCCUGGCUUUCCAAACACGAAGCACCGUUCUAUGGUGAUCUCAAAGUCUCCCCAGGUACGACGGAUGACAGGGCUUGGGUCCUUUCCGGUGCUAUCCGCCGG